GCCGUCGCCCCGAGGCCGGUCGUCCCCGCGUCGCCGCCGUCCCAGCGCAGUGGCAAAGAUGCUGCGUUUCUUCCGUAGAACUCUUGGGCGACGGUCUAUGCGUAAACAUGCUGAGAAGGAACGUCUUCGGGAAGCUCAAAGAGCUUCUACUCACAUUCCAGCAGCUGGAGAUGCAAAGUCUAUCAUCACAUGUCGUGUGUCCCUUCUGGAUGGAACAGAUGUCAGUGUGGACUUGCCGAAAAAAGCCAAAGGACAGGAGCUGUUUGAUCAGAUUAUGUACCAUUUGGACCUGAUUGAAAGUGACUAUUUUGGACUACGAUUUAUGGAUUCAGCACAAGUAGCGCAUUGGUUGGAUGGCACGAAGAGCAUCAAAAAGCAAGUAAAAAUUGGUUCACCGUAUUGUCUACAUCUUCGAGUUAAAUUUUAUUCCUCAGAACCAAAUAAUCUUCGUGAAGAGCUAACCCGGUAUUUGUUUGUUCUUCAGUUAAAGCAAGAUAUUCUUAGUGGAAAACUAGAGUGUCCCUUCGAUACAGCUGUUCAGUUGGCAGCUUAUAAUCUACAAGCUGAACUUGGUGACUUUGAUCUUGCUGAGCACAGUCCUGAACUUGUAUCUGAGUUCAGGUUUGUGCCUAUUCAGACUGAAGAAAUGGAACUAGCCAUUUUUGAGAAAUGGAAGGAAUACAGAGGUCAGACACCAGCACAAGCUGAAACUAAUUAUCUGAAUAAAGCCAAGUGGCUAGAAAUGUAUGGGGUUGAUAUGCAUGUGGUCAAGGCUAGAGAUGGGAAUGACUAUAGUUUGGGACUAACCCCAACAGGAGUUCUUGUUUUUGAAGGAGAAACCAAGAUCGGCUUAUUUUUUUGGCCCAAGAUAACUAGAUUGGAUUUUAAGAAGAAUAAAUUAACUUUGGUGGUUGUAGAAGAUGAUGAUCAGGGCAAAGAGCAAGAACAUACAUUUGUUUUUAGAUUAGAACAUCCAAAAGCAUGUAAACAUUUGUGGAAAUGUGCUGUGGAACAUCAUGCCUUUUUCCGCCUCCGAGGUCCUGUCCAGAAGAGUAAUCAGCGGUCAGGAUUUAUUCGACUGGGAUCACGAUUUAGAUACAGUGGGAAAACUGAAUAUCAGACCACAAAAACAAAUAAAGCAAGAAGAUCGGCAUCUUUUGAAAGAAGGCCCAGCAAACGAUAUUCCCGACGAACUCUACAAAUGAAAGCGAGUACAGCAAAGCCUGAACAACUCAGUAUUCACAAUAAUAUUUUGGCCCAGAGCAAUGGCUCCCAACAGGCUUGGGGUGUAAAAUCCACUCAACCUAUGAGUUCUUCUACUACCUCGGGACCUGUGCUUGUGGAGAUAGAGAAUCUUCAGAGGAGUCCUGGACCAAAUCACAACAGGAAAUGGCUGUCUGCUGCCAGUGACUGCUGUCAACACGGUGGAAACCAGUGGAACACAAGGGCCUUGUCCCCACCCCAGCCUGCAUAUAGAAACUACACUGACUUUGUCCAUGAACACAAUGUGAAGAAUGCAGGAGUCCAUCAUGGUGUUCAUUUUCCUGGCCCUGCAGCCAUGACUGAGAUAUGAAUGUUAAACUAUUUAGGCAUUGGGGCCUUGUCAUGCGAGUGGAUGGUAUACAAAUUGCUGAUCUGUAUUUUCUAUUUAAAGAGGAUUGAUGAAGUCAGGAGAAUUUGGAAGGAGUUAUUUUAUAUUGAGUAAUUAGGUAUGUAGUGUUGGAUCGGAAGAAGCUAUAUAUCAGUGAUAAUUACAGAUAUUCUUGUGUUGAGAUAUGUAUAAUUGUAAUUAUAGGAAGCUUUUCUAUGAUUCUACCAUGUUAACAAAUCAUUUAGAAGAGGUUUCAGCAGGUUUGUGUUUAGCCCAUCAUCACUGUAGUCAUGUCAUGCAACUAGGUUGAAGUUAAAAAUCAACUAAAAGCCAUUUGCAAGAAGUAUUUCCAGGCUUGUUAUUAGCCUAUUAUUAAUAUUUAUAUGAAACUGCUUUUACAUAUUAUUUUUAAUAAUUUCAAGUAGUUAUUCGUGCUUUAUUUUCAACUAAGUGCCUAAGAUUCUAUAAUUUGAAUUAACAUAAUUUUAAACUUCAUUUUCUAAUGAACUUUAUUUUUUCUAAUAAACUUUAUUUUCUAAUGAACACAAAUGUUUUAAGUAUGCAAAAGAAAUAGAAAUCAUAUUGUUAAUGUGAUUUAUGGGAAUCACAUUUAUGGCUGAAUCUGAAUGUUUACUUCUACAUGUUCAACUGAUUAACCAAUAGUUAACUAAAUGGUUACAUUUCUACUAAAUGGCUUACAAAAUGGCAAAUGUAUUCAGUUUUUUCUUUUUUCUUACAUCUUGUGCACCUAAUAAAUCUCUUAGGUACCCAACAACAUUAUAAUCUAUAUAAGGUUAUAUAUGCUUUGUUUAACUCAUAAAAUAAAAUUCUGAAGCCAAAUCAUA